AUGAAAAGUGUUUAUAAGAUCAAUAAAACUAGGAAAAAUGAGUCAAAUAUCACUAAAACACCUUUGCAAGAUAUAACAACAAUUAUCAAAAACAAUGUGGAUUCAGAUUCUUCUAUCCCUUCAACUCCAAAUUCAUCACAAUCACAAUCAAUAACAUCAACUCCUCAAACAUCACCAUUACCAACAACACAACAACAAAAAAAUGUUAAAAUACGACAUGCUACAAAGCAAUCAGUAUUAUCAUUUGGUAUUGAUGAAAGGAAACAAUGUCAAGAAUGUGGAAUGUCAUAUUUAAAAUAUGUUCAAUCAGAUGUUAAAUCACAUCAAAAAUAUCAUCAAAAAUGUUUAAAUGGUAGAGAUUGGAAUGAUAAAUGGGGUAAAAAAUUAAUUGAAUUCAAUCAAAAUGAAUAUAUUUGUACUUUGAAUUUAAAUAAUUCAUCAGAAAUCAAGGCAAGUUUAGAAUUAUUAGAAAUUGUUAAUCAAAAUUUAAAUGCACCAGAUGAUAAUGAAUUUUGGUUAAAGGGUACAGACAGUGGUAAAAUAUUCAUAUAUGUUAAAGAUAAAAAAGCCGUAGGGAUUGUAUCCACAGAGAAAAUCACAAAAGGUCAUUGGUUUGCCAUAGAUGAUGGGGUUGUUAUAAAUAAAAUUGAUAUUGAAUUAUUAGCUGGUAUUAAUAGAAUCUAUGUAUCUAAAAACCAUAGAAGAUUCGGAAUUGCCUUGAAACUAUUGAAAUGUGCCCAAGAACACAUGAUCUAUGGAAUGGUUAUCCCCAAGCAUAAGAUUGGAUGGUCUCAACCUAGUUUUUCAGGUGGGAAAUUUGCUAAAACAUUCAAUGGAGUCAAACACAAAUCUGGUAAAAUUUUGAUUCCUGUUUAUACCUAA